GGGUUCUUCAUGUGCUGUUGCUAAGAGAGCUUCGGCUUGUGUUUCCCUGCGACUGAGAAGGCGGUUAUUGUGUCCUCCACAGUGGAACUCAUAGCCAGCCUUCUUUCUAGCAGGGUCUCCAGAGGGACUCUUUCUCUCUCUUUCCUACAUCAACGCCCCCCCCCUCCGCUUCCAUGAGUAUGUGAUGUCUCUAGGCUCCAUUUAAUUUUUAAAAUCUCAGUCCUAAUAAAUGCACGUCUCUUCCUCCAGCUCCCCCGAAGGCCCAUUUUUAUGGUGAAGAUCAGUACAGGCCAUGGUGAAACUGGCUGCCAAAUGCAUCGUGGCGGGUGAUUCAACUGUGGGGAAGACUGCUUUGGUCCAGAUGUUCUGCAAUGAUGGGGCUCAUUUUCAGAAAAACUAUACCCUGACAGUAGGAGUGGAACUAUUGGUGAAGACAGUAUCUAUUCCAGGAACAAAUGAUAGCGUGGAACUCUUCCUCUUUGAUUCAGCAGGCAAAGAACUCUUUUCCGAAAUACUAGAUAAAUUGUGGGAACAGCCCAAUGCCCUAUGCAUUGUGUACGAUGUCACCAAUGAGCAAUCUUUCAAUAACUCUGCUAAGUGGCUAGAAAGGCUGAGAAUCCAAACAUCAGGUAUUCAUAUUCCAGGUGUCCUGGUGGGCAAUAAGAUUGAUUUAAGUGAUAGGAGAGUUGUAGAGCGCAAACAAGCACAACAGUGGGCAGAAGCAAAUGGCCUGGAAUACUGUGAAAUAUCAGUAAAAGAGAUGGAAAAUUUUGAAGUUCCUUUUCACAUUGUGGCAAAUUCUUUCCACCGAUUGUACAAAGAGAAAGUAGAAAUUUUCCAUUCAUUGGCAUGAGGUGUCCUUAAGUACAGUAUGAUGGAUUAAAAAGAAAACACUCUAACAGGCAAAAUCAUAUGAAAAUGGAAAGUAGGUUUUUGUUGUAUAGUCACUUGCUUUCCAUCAUAGAGAAUUAUAAUUCUUCAACUAUUAUUUCAGAUCUCAUCUGCUUAUUGUUUAUCCUGUGAUGGACUUUUUUUAGAAGAAACAUUGUUAGCAUUUUUACAUGAAUUCAGAGUUUAAAUACUGUGACAUAUUUGACAAAUUUCAUAAGGAGAAAUCUAUCAAAAAUUUAAAACAUGCCAUUACUAUGGACAUUUCAAUAAUCCAAACAAUCUGUUUCUUACAAUUGAGUUAUACCAAGUAAUUGUUAUUCAGAAAUCAAUAUAAAAGAUAUAUUUCAACUUUAAUUUUCUAAAGGUAGAAAUUCAUAAUCCUUAAGAAUUUUCUGCAACAUUUUUUCUGCCAACUCAAAAUAUCAUUUGGUGGAGGGUUUUUUUGAACGUUGGUAACUAAACCAUUGUUAUAGGCCUUUUUCCGUUGCCUUUUCUAACUGCAGGGAUACCAAUUAUUUUAAUGGAGGAAAAAUGUUCAGACACCACUUUGCACAUAUCAUUCUUAAUACUAUGUUCUAAAAACAUUGUAGGUUAGUAGAUCAAUUUGCCAGGGUUUUUUCAUAUCUUAUUAAUAUUGUUAUUAGUAUUGUUCAAACAACUGGUGGACUUUUUAACAUCUCCAUAAUGGUAUUCAAAGAAUCUGCUAGAAAUAAUAGAGUGUGUUUAUUUU